GGUUGACAAUGAUUUUUUAUCUUUCCAGAUAAAAAUGCAAUUACAAAUUCUUUUUGUACUGCUGUGCGCCAUAAGUUGUGCAAGUGCACAUAUUUUACAUCAUGGUCACGGACAUUAUAACCCAGGGCUCUACAGGCGGCGCUUUUUCAGCAGGUACUUGUACAACCCCUAUAUAAGCUAUACUGGCGGCCUUGGUAUUGGCGGAGGAUUGGGCUUUGCUGGUACUGGCGACGAUAUGUAUUCCGGGAUUGGCGGUAGUGGGUCGUUUAUUGGCGGUGGCAGUCCCUUUCACAGUGGUUAUUUAGGAGGCGGCGGUAGUGGAUCGUACAUUGGCGGUGGCAGUCCAUUUUACAACGGUUAUUCCGGAGGCGGCGGAAGUGGAUCGUAUAUCGGCGGUGGCAGUCCCUUUUACAGCGGUUAUUCGAUAGGCAGUGGAAGUGGAUCGUAUAUCGGCGGUGGCAGUCCCUUUUACAGCGGUUAUUCCAUAGGCGGUGGAAGUGGAUCGUACAUUGGCGGUGGCAGUCCGUUUUACAGUGGUUAUUUAGGCGGUAGUGAUAGUGGAUCGUAUAUCGGCGGUGGCAGUCCCUUUUACAGCGGUUAUUCCAUAGGUGGCGGUAGUGGAUCGUACAUGGGAGGUGCUGGAGGUAUUGGCAGCUUUGGGGGCGAUGAUGGCUUAUAUGAUGGCUUUCGUGGUGGAUACAGCAAUCAUCUUUUUAAUGGAAUUGGCAUUGGGCAUGGCCGAGGAUAUUACAGAAGACAUCGUAAAUAUUUUCCAAAGAAAGGGUAAAGUUUGAACAGCUAAAAUAUUGCAGUGUGGAAGCUUACCAUUGUAAAUUUGACUUUGUUGUUUAGAAAUAAAUACAACCAAUCAA